AUGCACUCUUUACGCAAGCUGAAAGAUAGGAAGAGAGCUCUUGCGCAGCAGACUACCAUCACUGUCAGCACGUCCGUUGACGUUAAGCUCAAGACUCAGGCAUUGGACAUUGCGAACCUUAAGAAGGAGCGUGAUGAUAUCAAGAGGGAGCUACUUGAACUUAACAAGACGCGAGAGGAGGAGCAUAAUGGUCUCACGAACCGGCUGGUGCAGGUGGAGGGAUUGUCUACACGCGUUGAUAGCCUCACGAACAAAACAGAGACCCUCAACAUUGUCAAUGCAGCCGCCAAGCCUUUAGCAACACGAUUAGAAGCACUAGAGGUUUCGGCUGCCGAACUUCCAAGCUUACGGCAGGAGUUGCAGGACCUGAAAACUGUGCCAGAACGCCUAGCUGUAGUAGAGAGUAAGCGAACUACUCAUCAAGCGGGACCACAGCCGAACGGUUCUGAAAACCUAGGGAAUUCGCAGUUGAAGCCGCUAUCCGACAGGCUCGAUGGGCUUAGAACUACCUCUUCACAGCAGGCGAAUCUUAUUACGGAGCUGAAGAUGGCGACAGCACUACAGAAGACUGAGAUUGAAAGUCUGAAGACGUGGAAAAACGCGCAGCCUACACCACUAUCCGAACACACUGUCAGAGAGCUUAUCACGGCCGAGACCAGAGCAACAGCCAAGAACCUAAACGACAAAAUCAAGGAUGUGAACAGCCGGCUCUCCGAACGCAUCACCAACCACCAGGACUUGAUUCUCGCCUUUCAAACUUUCAAAGAGACCGUUGAGAGUAAAAACUUCUCUGAACAACUCAACGCUUUGAGCGACAAGAUCAAAGAAGUUGAGGGAAAUGGCGACAGGACGUACGCAAAGGCCAACCGUCUGCAGACGAGAAUAGAGGACCUAGAAGACGAACUCCACCCAGACAGUAUCGACAGUUUGAAGGAAGUGGUAGAGAAGGUCGAGAAGCUUAGAAGCAGAGUGGAUAAAUACCGUGAUGCGCUCGGCGAAGACAGAGAGGAAGUCGAGAAUGUGCGAGCGGGCCUGAAGGACCUCCGGGAAGAAUCAAGGGGCCUGAAGGAAAAGACAAAGAGUACACAAAAGGAUCUCAGCAGCCUCCAAGGAGAAUUCGACGAUCUUGAGAAAGACAUCCUUGAGUACAUUGGACCUAUCAAGGGGGACUACGAGAAGACAAACUUUACCCUGUCGCAAAGGAUCGCGAACCUGCAGGGCACUGUAACCCAAGCCGAGUUGGGAAGGCUCCCUGCUCGCCUCAGUGAGCUGGAUAAAUCUGCACGUAUGUCAGAAAAGCUUCUGGGUCGCGUCGAUGAACUGGAAAAAGCUCCACGGGGUCCUCACUUUAAGAAGGUCGGAACAACUGUUGCGACUUAUUCUCCUGCUCCAAUCACCCCACCUGUGACCAAUGCAGACACCGAGGUCUCAAAUCUCAAGAAAUCGCUGCAAGAGCUUCGCAAAGUUGUGGAAGGCACCGGUGGCUUGACGACCCAGGCUCAGGCAAUCUUCGAGCGACUGAACAACAUGGAAGCCACUCUGGCCAGCGCUCGACCGCUCGACAGUGUGGAGCAGAGUAUGGAGACAAUAGAGACGACCAUGGACAAGACCUCAGUCAAGACGCUGGAAAAGGCGGCGGAAAAGAAGGUCAAAUCUCUGAUAACGAGCGAACGCAAAGCUAUAGAGAGGAAUGUCGAGGAAGUGGACACCCGUCUCUCCCAAGAGAUUUCGGAUCUUCGCAAACUAACGGAAACUCGUAUGGAAGCGAUGCAAGCUCUCCGCAAUCGAUCGCGUGAACCCGAUUUCGCGGGGUCGCCAGCUGAUGCGAGAACAGCGCCAUCCGAGAUGAGCGAUCUCAACACCAUCACAGAGGAUAUUGAAACGCUGUUCAAGGAACUCGAGACUGCAAAUGCCACUAUCUCGGCUGUACAGGAUGUCGCCCCCACCCUCUUCAACGAACAAUUCGACCCACUCAAGCGCAAGGUUGAAGAGCAGCUCAGUACCGUCACUGCUACAAUGGAAACCCAUGCCCGCAAUCUAUCAGCUUUGACGGAACAAGUAUCGAAGUCGCCUACACAACAGAAUGGCUUAGGCCAAGCCCAACAAGCCCAGCUCAAUACCAUGUUGGCAGAAGUAGCGUCAUUGAAGACGGACUUUGCGACUCUGCGAUCGUCUCUGUCGACGAAGGCCGACUCUGCAUCGGUGGAGAAAGACCUGGAUACUUUCGGCUUCGCGAUGCGCAAUAUAGAGAGCCGAUACGAGAACAUCAGCACCGACACCAUGUAUCAGGGCAUGGUUCGCUGGUUUACCGAAAUGUACCCCGGUCUGCCACGACUCCAGGAAGACAUCCACCAAAUGCAGAGAUGGAUACAGGGUCGCGCGAACCUUCUCGACCGCCUAGACCAGGACGCUACUCAACUGCAUAAUCUUGUGAACAUCGCUCCGCACUUGCACGAAAUUGCCAACAUGAGUCCGCAAUUGAAACAAGUGGCCACCGAUGCUGCUCAACUCCAGUCGGCUAUCCAGGCUCAUGGCGAGAUGGCGGGUGCGUUGACAAAAAUUGAUGAAGCUAGCUCUGACGCCAGCCUGGCAAUCUCCAAGGCUGAGGAGGCCAUGCGUGCAGCUAGCAAGGCCGAGCAAGCCAGCUCUGACGCAAAAGCCGCGAGCGACAAGGCCGAGCAAGCCUGCUCUGAUGCAAAAACCGCGAGUGACAGGGCCGACCAGAUUGAGCAACAGCUUAAUGAGCAGAUCAAGACGAUCGAGAACAUAAAGGGCUCAGUGUCUGGAUUACAGAUUUCUUUGCGGAAUCUGCACUCAGCCACAUCUCCCUUCGUCAAAGCGGAGGCUCCUGACGCCCUGCAGGCAACUGUCAAGACACUGCAGACCCAAAUAGGUCAAGAAAAGCAAGAACGCUUGACCAGCACAGGAGAGCUUCGCACUGCCAUCGACGCUGAACGUACCACACGCGUUGACGAGCAGGCUAAGACCAGAAAGUCCAUCCAAGACCUGAGGCAAGUAAUGGAUGUGGACAGGGCCACUUUCGCAAAAGCUGACGUAGUGACUGCAUCGGAGGGUACACUGCGAGCCUUCCAAUCCGAGAUCAGCGACACUCAAACGGCAAAUUCCGAGGCCAUUCAAAUUCUGCGUUCAGCAUUCGACACCGACUGCAGCAAGCGCGACACCACGGAGGGCAAUCUCCAAAAGUCCAUCAAGGAGCUGGCUCAGACGCCUGUCCGAGCGCCUACCCCAGACAAUGCCCCCUUCGAAAACUUCAAGCGUAUCGUUGUGGGCAAGCUUGCCUCUGAGAAGAAAGCACGUACAGAUCUCGAGGAGCACGUGAAAUCAUCUCUCGGCAUGGUUGAUGGCAAGAUCACAGCUCUACGGCAGGAUACAACGAAGUACAACAACGAGGUGAAACGAGUCUCAAGUGACCAUGACACCGCAAAGCAAGGGAUCUAUGACCAGCUCGCCGACAUCAACACGGCGGCCGCCGAGUUGCGAGAAGCUUACGACAACACGGUCAAGACGUACAUUGAGCCCAACAGCGAGUUCUUCGGCUUGAUCGGUACAGCUUUCGUAGUCCUCUCGCAACUCCAACAAGUCGUCGAGAGCCUCAACCAGAACCUCCCAGUCGCUCCGUUGAGACUGGAAUGGGACUACUAUCUCCCCAGCCAUGGCCAGCCCGAGACAAACGGCGAACCCAGCAACUCCAAAGGAAAGGGCAAGAGCAAGCAGUAA